AUGGUCCUAGGAUCUGCCAUCGUUGGGCUGGUAUACGUUGUGAUCCGAUAUGAUGUAACCUACGAGUCUCUCAAGGCUGUCGUAAUGGCCCUGGCUUACUGCUGGGGCUUGGUUUUUGCCAUCUAUCUCAUGGGACACGGACUCGUCUCCAUACCGAAGCGCCUCAUCCGCGAUGCCAAUAUAGCGAACAAGUUGCGCCGGCUUCAGGCCAAAGCACCAAAAGCGUACGAGAAGAUGGAAGAUGCUGCGGCAUCCCUCGAGGAAAUUGAGGCCCAAGUUGGCGAGCUUGCGAAGCGCAAGGUUGGUAGCGCUGUCGACUUUCGCGAUUGGAUCGAGGAGCUGCAAGAAAUUGCCAACAUACCCGAGACGAGACCGCAUGCCACUGCCUUUGACGUGAAUACCAUGGAUCUAACUGUCCCGAACGUCAUUACGCCAAAGUACCUGGCCGAUAUAACGCGACGGCUGAUUCGGGCCAAGCGCUCGAGGUCGCGCUUCGCCCAUGAGUGGCACGACUUGGUGAAGGAGGCUGGAAAAACACAGGAAAUUCUGGACUCUGCUGCGUCAAAAAUACUUGAAUUUGGAGACGCAUCACGUCAUUCUGGGAUGUGGGACAAGACCAAGCUGCUCAACCCCUAUGCCAGGUAUUUAUGGCACUAUCGAAUCAGGCCGUAUAUGCAGAUUGGACUGGGAAUACUACUCGCCCUGGCAUCUGCAUGUGUUCUCUGGUCCGAAGUCGUCAAACUACCCUUUCCACAGCUGUCAGUCAUUCGACUGAGUGUCAUCCACCACUGGGUCGGCGACAACGCCGAAGUGGGCUUUGCUGGCCAAGUCAUUUCCGCGUUUUGGAUUUGCUACAUGUGUGCCGCCGCGCUCGUCACCAUGACCGAAGUCAGAGUCUGGCGCGGGAGAGCCCUCGUGAGGCGUAAUACCGGCUACGAAGCUGCCUUUUGGUACGCUAUGCAAGUCGCCAAGCUGACGGUGCCGUUGUCCUACAAUUUCUUGACGUUUCUAUCCAGCGAGGUGUACACAAAGACGGCCUUUUACGGCUUCCUUGGUCGUUUAAUCGACUUUACUCUCCUUGGCCGGUGGUUUGACGACCUUUUCCCCUACUUUUUGAUAAUACCCGUGAUUGCCGCCACGUUUGGGUUAUACGGCAAAGCGAAGCGACUGUUUGUCGGCAUCGACCUGCUCGACGACGACGAAGAAAACUCGACCGGCUACGGCACAGGCUCAUGGCGAGAGGGACGUGAUCUUAUUGAGCGAGAGCUAGGCGGCGAGAGCGUUCGCCGCCGUGACGAGUUGUUUGCGAGACUCGCUGCAGCAGGCGGCAGUGGCAGCGGCCGUACCGCCCCUGUUCUUUCUGUACCGCCCGGAGAGAGCGCCUCGCGAGGCGGACCGAGAACCAUUGGUAUGGGCCCGUCAGCGGGAGUACAGCGAGCCGGCACCCCUUCGUCCCACUGGUACCUAGACGAACCGCCCGAGGACGACAAUCUGAUCCAGAUCAUCGGCCACCGCAUGAAGAACACGGUGGACAAUAUAGAGACGCCCAAGUGGCUGCAGGACUUGGGACAGGGCCUUAAGAAGCCGAAGUGGAUGGGCGGUGGCCAAGGCAGCGCUGGCGGCCAAGAAAGAAGCGACAUCCGGAGCUGGUUUGGCGGCAACAGCAACAACAGCGGCGGCGGUGGGCAUAUUCGAUUGUAA